AUGGCGACCGAAUCUCCGAAUUUUGUUAAAAAAAUUGUUAUUCAUCUAAGAGCUACUGGAGGUGCUCCAAUUCUGAAACAAUCUAAGUUCAAGGUUUCGGGGACUGACAAGUUUGCGAAAGUGAUUGAGUUUCUAAGACGCCAACUUCAUUCUGACUCACUGUUUGUCUAUGUAAACAGCGCUUUCUCGCCAAACCCCGAUGAAUCAGUAAUUGAUCUAUACAAUAACUUUGGGUUUGAUGGUAAACUGGUGGUUAACUAUGCUUGUUCCAUGGCAUGGGGUUGA